AUGUAUCCCCUAAUAUUCUUGUUGGUCAUCUGUGCCUCCGGUCAAGAGUAUUUUCCUGAUACUGGAGACAGCUUAGCGGAGAAGCUUUCGAAAGUGGUUAAUGGCAAACCGGUUAGUGAGUAUCGAGGAGUUCUUAAACGUGAUCACUCGUUGAUUAAACCUUAUCAGAGUUCUGGUAUGGAUAUUCCAUAUUGGGAUAUUAUUGGUUCUACAAUGGUGUCAGGACAGUACAUUCGCCUAACCCCAGAUGCACAAAGUCGCAAGGGAGCGAUAUGGAACACGAAACCAGUAUGGUCUCGGGAUUGGGAGUUCCAAUUAAGUUUUAAAGUUCAUGGUUCACUGGGUGAUCUGUUCGGUGAUGGUUUAGCCAUCUGGUAUACCCAGGAACGAAGCAAAAUUGGCGAUGUUUUUGGCGCAGGAGAUUACUUCCGCGGCCUUGGGGUUUUCCUCGACACUUACAGUAACCACAACGGACCUCAUUCACACUCGCACCCUUAUAUCUCCGCUAUGGUUAAUAAUGGAAGUUUCCACUAUGACCAUGAUAUGGAUGGAACGCAUACUCAAUUGGGAGGAGAAAAUGUUGGUUGUGAAGCCAAAUUUCGUAAUAAGGAUUACGACACACAAGUACUUAUACGAUAUGUUGGCGACACACUUUCGAUUUUCACUGAUAUUGCUGGCGCGGGUGUCUGGAAAGAGUGUAUGAGCGUGAACGGUGUUAGGUUGCCUACUGGAUACUACUUUGGUGUUUCGGCAGCUACCGGGGAUCUUUCUGAUAAUCACGAUGUGGUGGCUAUAAAAGUUUUUGAACAAGAGUUUGCUCGAGUUGAUAAAGAAGGUGAUUCGAAUUGGCAAAAUAUUGAGCCGGCAGCGAAAUUUGCAGCUUCUCCUCGCGACCAUGUUGAUGCACCACGUCCAUCAAAGCUCGGGUGGAUGGGAACAUUACUUCUGCUCAUUGUUGCAAUCGCGGUUAUUGCCCUUGUUCUAGGGUUUGGUCUUGUUUUCUUACAGAAGCGUAAUGAAAGGUCUAGGAAACGUUUUUAUUAA